GGCGGGAAGUGACGCGAGCGCCUGGUUACGUGGCCGCUGGGAGGCGGGCGGCGAUGCUGGAGAUGAUGGCGGCGGUGGCGGCGGCCGAUGCUGGCGGCCGCUCCACACCCUGCCCCGCACACGGCUCCUCAUCCCCGGCCGGCGGGCGCCUCGAGGUCUCCAUCGACGGCCUGACGCUGAGCCCCGACCCAGAGGACGAGGACGGGCAGAGGAGGAGGAACGGACUGGAGGAGGAGGAGGAGGACGCGGCGGCGGCAGCGGGCAGGGCAGGCCCCGGGCUGGAGUCAGGCCCAGCUCCCGGCUCCGGGGAUGGACAGGCCGCCGCCGCCGAGGGACAGCGGCUCACACAGGCGCUGGUGCAGGAGAUGGAGCAGCGGUGGGGCUUCGGCCUCAGUGAGCUCUACAGCCUGGCCUUCCGCUUCUUUAAAGAAAAAGAUGGAAAAGCUUUUCACCCAACGUACGAAGAAAAACUGAAGCUUGUUGCUCUUCAGAAGCAGAUCUCCGUUGGCCCGUACAGUCCUGACUCUUGUCCCGAGGUCGGCUUCUUUGAUGUUCUUGGCAACGACAGGAGGAGAGAAUGGACUGCCUUGGGGAGCAUGAAUAAAGAAAAUGCCAUGGUGGAAUUUAUCCAUUUGGUGAACAAAUGCUGCAAUCUGUUUGAACCGUAUGUCACCUCUCAUAAAAUAGAGAAAGAAGAACAGGAAAGAAAGAGGAGAGAGGAGGAGGAGAGGCGUCGCAGGGAGGAGGAGGAACGGGAGCGUUUGCGGCAGGAAGAAGAGAGGCAGCAGAGAGAGGAGGAAGAGAAAAGGAGGCGGGAAGAGGGGGAGCGGAGAAAUCUGGAGGAAGAACGGUUUCGAAUGGAGCAACAAAAGCAACAAAUCAUGGCUGCCUUAAACUCACAGACCGCAGUGCAGUUCCAGCAAUACGCGGCCCAGCAGUACCCCGGCAACUUCGAGCAACAGCAGCUCCUGAUCCGGCAGCUUCAGGAGCAGCACUAUCAACAGUACAUGCAACAGCUAUACCAGGUGCAGAUGGCACAGCAGCAGGCAACACUACAGCAGCAGCAGCAGCAGCAGCAGCAGCAGCAGGAGCCAAUCGUACCAACAACACACAUUGGAAUUGGAGAGGCCCCCACGGUGAACGGACAGACAAACACUCACACAGACAGCUCGGAGAAAGAGCCCGAGCCUGAAUCCUCGGAGGAAAUCCUGGAAAACGGACCAAAAGAUGCGACGCCAGUCAUUGCAGCGCCGUCCAUGUGGACCCGGCCGCAGAUCAAAGACUUCAAGGAGAAGAUCCGGCAGGACGCCGACUCGGUGAUCACGGUGGGCCGGGGCGAGGUGGUGACGGUGCGGGUGCCCACCCACGAGGAGGGCUCCUACCUCUUCUGGGAAUUUGCCACAGACAAUUAUGACAUAGGUUUCGGCGUGUGCUUUGAAUGGACGGAUUCUCCCAGCACCACCGUCAGCGUGCACGUCACAGAGUCCAGCGACGAGGAGGACGAUGAUGAAGGGACCCCCAGCGAGGCGGAGAAAGUGAAGAAGGAGGCCAGCAAAGUGCAGGUGGACGAGGUGGUGCCUGUCUACAGACGCGAUUGCCACGAGGAGGUCUAUGCUGGAUCCCAUCAGUACCCGGGACGCGGGGUGUACCUCCUGAAAUUCGACAACUCCUACUCAUUGUGGAGGUCAAAAACCGUUUACUACAGAGUAUAUUAUACCAGAUAAAACCAAGCCGCACCACGCUUGGCAUCUGCUUUUCUUUUUUGCUUUCUUUUGUAAACUUUAAUUUUGCACAUUGUGCGUUGAAAUAAUUAUCUAAAUCAUUCUAUAUAAUAAUAAAUUGGGUGAAGGAUCUGCUACUGUAGUAAUGAGAAUCACUGCCAGGGAUUGGUUUCGUUGGAUGUAUUUGGCGCCGAUAUUAUACACGGUUACAGCUUUUUUUCUCCGACGUAUAUCUGUGUUCUGUUACAAGGAGUGUUUGAUGCAUCUCUGUCGGCUGCAGAGUCUGGGGGACGUUCCCUUGAAACUGGGUCGGGGAGAGGAGAGAUUUAAGAGAGAAGUGCUUGGCGAGAUGUCUGAAUGUGCAGCCGCGCCCAUCGCAGUUUGUACUAUAGUUCAGCCCCUCCUUCCUUCCCUGUUUUAACUUUAUCGCCAAACUAUCUGGUCUUCCAAACUGGUUUUGCUUGGAGGGGGCUAUUGUCGGUGAAUCUGUGUCGGGAGAUUUCACACCGGCUGGGCACUUGUUUAAACCGACCGUCGCUCGGGCUUGGGUGCCUUGAGAUUCGGGGCAAGCACCAGGGAGGGUGAAGGCGGGCGAGCAAGCGGUUUGUGCGUUGCUCGCAUCCUGCUGUUGUUUUGUGACGCGGCUGCAGCGUGGGCCAGAGUUUCCAUGCAGCGGAUGGUUGUCAGUGGGGCAGCGAGGUCCAAAUUGAUAUUGAGAGAGGAGGGGAGGCAAAAGGCUUGAUGGAAACCCCUUGGUUGUCAGGGACUGCGCUGCCUGCCUCUCUUCUUCGCUCCAUCCACCUAUUUCGGUCUUUGUAACGCAAGCGCCUGUCCCCGUGGUGAAUCCCUGCCACCGAUGUCGGCGACAAACAUCUCACCUCCCCAGCACCCUUCCUUCCGUGCCAAACCCGGUGUCCGUUUGCUGAAUCAGACACAGAGUGCGGAGUAACUCGGUGAGUCAGGCGGCAUCUCUGGAGAACGUGGGGAGGCAAUUAUUUGGGUCUGAAGAAGAGUCCCAACCCAGAAACGUUGCCUAUCCAUAUUCUCCAGAGGUGCUGCUUGUCCUGCUGAGUUACUCCAGCACUCUGUGCCUUUUAUUUUGUAAACAAACAUCUGCAGUUGCUAGCUUCUGUCCUUUGCUGAAUCCUACUACAGAAGAGCCUCAAGACUGGUGUCACAUUUAGAGUUGCACAGGCCCUUCAGCCCAACAUGCCAGUGCCAACCAAGGUGCCCCAUCUACACUAGUCGCAUUUGGCCCAUACCCCUCUAAACCUUUCAUCACCAUGUACCUACCUGUGUGUCUUCUAAAGGUUGUUAUAGUAUUUACCUCAACUCUAGCUUCACAAUUCACAACUCUUUUAUCUCGCACCUUCUGUCCUUUCAUCUCUGACCUUAGUCUAACCUUCUGCCUAUCAAAUCUCUUCCCCCUCCCAUAAUCAGUCUGAUGAAGGGUCCCAACCCGAAACAUCACCUCUCCAUGUUCUUCAGAGCCUCACCCGCAGAGUUACUCCAGCACUUUGUGUCUUCUUCAUCUGCCUCCACCGCCACCUUUGGCAGUGUUUUUCCAGGCAGUCAUGACCCCUGU